GAGAGAGAGAGAGAGAGAGAGAGAGAGAGGGGGGGAGAGAGAGACCCUCACUCUGAUGUUGUUGCUGUCAGUGAUGUGCAGACACGUUAAGCAGCGGAUCAAAGGACUCCCUGGUUCUACGUUUGUGCAGUUUCAUUUAUAGCAGCAGUGUGUGGUAGUUGAAGUUGGCUUCCUGCCUGUUGAGAUGUACCAAUAGGAAUCACUGUGAGCGGGGGUUCAUGCUGAUGAAAUUGAUCUGCUCAGUGAGCUCAAACCAGAGCCAUGGGGAGUACCCGGACUGCCGGAGCGAGAGGGAGUCAGGGGGGGAGGCGUCUCUCCUGGUGUCUCCUCUGGUGGUGGCGGGGAUCGUUAUAGGUCUGGUGCUCUUCCUCUCCUGCGUCACCAUCAUCGUUGGCAGCCUGCGCAAAGACAGCCGCCUCCGAAACCCUCACCUCCGAGCCAGCUACGGUCUGGAUGGUUUUUCCUACGGAGGCUCAGUAGGAGAGCUGAGAUCUACCUGCUUAGAAGAUUUUCCUCCGGGUUUAGACUUUGAUUCCUACAGAGAGACUCUGUCCCAGGUCAACAGCCUGUACCCCGAUUCACCGCCACGAUACGAUGAGUGUGUUGGCCCGGGAUCGUCUCAGAUGUUCCUCCCUACAGACGACCCGCCUCCUUACUCACUAUUGGACCCCUGUCAGAGGGGGGAGGAGCAGGAUCCGCCUCCCCAGGAUCCAUCUCCGAACUACGGGGAGACUUCAGCCAGCGCCUCCUGGUUCUCCCCCUCCCACUACCCUCCGGAGCAUCAACACAUCGCCUCCAUCUCCUUCCCGAUGGAGGCGGCGCCGCCAUACGAGGCCGUGUUGUCCGAGCAGCCCCUCCCCCUCAUGCCAUGUGACCUUUAUAAACACCAAUCAGAGCGCGGGGAGCCGGCGGCGGCGGACCAGAUCUUGUCGGACUUUAAUUAAUUUGUUCCUUGGGCGUCCCCGGUUGAAUUAGACAAACACUUGGAACAAAAGGGUGUCAGGAGCAGCUGUGACUCUAAUGAGAUCUUGCUCUGACACAUUAAAAGGGCGGGAAACUUGCCAUCAGCUCAACGAACUGGAAAGAAGCUCAAGUUUUUAACUAUUUAAGUUUUAGGACGAAAUAAAAACUCACUGUAACUGUAAAGAUUGUGGAAUGACCUUCCUGCUAUUGAUGCUCCCUCGGACAAAGACUCCUCCUUCUCUUACGUCCUUUAAAAACAUCACUGUUUUUGUUUGCCAUGUUUUGAACGUCCAUAUAGCGCUUCUUUUCUCAGUGUUUCUACGACACAAUUCCUUGAUAACCUAUCACAGUUGUUGUACGACAGACUAGCUCCAAUCCUUUGCCUUUCCUCUAUCCGUUUGUGCUACUGGAUAUUUGUUUAACCAACCAGAGUCGCUCCUUCUCACAGUUUGUCUGAUUGAACUUCAACAUUCAGUCUGACAGCCGUAGAGCUGAAGAUCCGACAUAUAUAUAUAUAGGGAAAUAAAAACACUACAUUCAUACACGUUUGAUCUGCUCUAACUGUCUUUGUUAGGAUAGUUUCUGUCUCACAAGAACAAGCUUUUACUCCACAGUGACGUCACCAGAGCUUUGAUAAUCAGUUCAAAUAUGUUCAAUUAGACGACCAAAACAGAGGCGAACCCUAACCCUCUCCUCACUGGAACCAAUUCACAAAAAGACACUGGACACAGGCUCCUGGUCUCUCCUUUUUAAAUCAUGUUUAGGGUUUAGGCUGCAACACAUAUCUGUUAUUAUCAUACAGUAGAAGACAGCAGGCUGUGUGUAGAAGAGUGUGAACAAUAUCAGUGUGGUGUUUAGAGGAGUAGUGUUCACGCACAGAGAGUACUACCCUCCCUGAGUGAUUAGCAGAACAGCUGAUCUCCAGUCUCUGAGGUGUGUAAACAUUUAGAGCAGAGUAGCUUAAAAGAGGCCCUAUAAUUUGGGGUUUUCCCUUUCCUGUAGUGUGUUAUAUAGGCUUUAGUGCAUGUAAACGGUCUGCAAACACUAAAAUCUCCUCUACCACAGACUCCCCCGUCUGAAACGCCUCCAUUGGACUCCUUUGUUUACUUCCUAAACAUAGUGACAUCACUAUGUAACACUUGCUAGCGCUCCAACACAUUGUGCGUGAUAGGCUUAGGGGUGGGACAGCUCUAAGCGGUUGACCAAUCACAACAGAACCGGCCUGCUGACCAAUCAGAGCAGACUGGGCUCUGGUUUCAGACAGAGGGUGAAAAGAGGUGCUGCAGCACAGACAGUAUGAGAAAAAUAAAGAGCUUUCUGAACAUUAGAGCAUGGAGACAUGUCCCAGGAGAGACACUACAUAUGAACCUGGAGGUGAGCAGAAUAUGACCCCUUUAAGUGUGUCUUUAUUUGCCAAUAAAAUAGAGAGUGGAAAUCAGAAAGAGUGAGUUUACACGUGCAGCUUUAUGGACAUUUGCAGCAUACAUCUGUCACCACCAGAGAGGGAACUUGUUGUACAAACUGCCUAAGACUCUUUCUAUCCAGGGCUCUGGUUUUAUUAUCUAUCUUUAGUAUUAUAAUAUUGGACCCCAGCAGCCAAAUGUAGCUCAGAGGCCUCCUCCUGAAGAAGUGCGGUUGAUGCAUUGACACGUUAAACUGUAGACCUUUACACACCGUUGAGAUAAAUGCUUUUGUUUCCGUCUCAUUUCUGUGUUUCUAUGUCAUGAAGGAUUGGUUUGAAGUUUUUCACUGGUUGCAUGAAAGCUGUAGCUAAGGAACUGCAUUGUUUUAGCUGAAUUACAUCGUAUUUGUAAAGGGAAGAAACUGGCUUUAUGUAAACACGUCAUGUGGUCACUUUGUUCUUUAGCAAAUCAAGUUUGUUAUGAUGUUGAUGUUGGAAGCAUGGCAGAAGUUAUUUUCCAUAUUGAUCAAUCUUCCAAUUCUUUUAUUGAGUAAUAGAGGCUAUGCUUGGUCUUGAACAUGUAAGAAAAUAGAGAAAGAACAUCUAAAUUGACCGUGUUUUGUCAGACCCCAACUUAAUUUAUCUGCUGUUUUUCUGAAAAAUUAGGAUUCAAAUUGGAUUAGAAAACAAAUUGACAUCCAAAAAACAUAUUGAUGCGUCCUUACUACUAUUGAUCUGGUCUCAGUCUUUAUUCUGUGGGAAUCUAUACAUGCGUGGAUGAUCUGAUUAGGUGGCCAAACGUUAGCUCUAUUUGAAAUCUAAUUUAAAGCUUUUUCUAAUGGACUUUUUGUAGGGAAUUCAUGCACCUCAGAAACAUCCAUAUAGAGAAGAUGUCGUAAAUAGCGAGUAUACUCAUUAAUGUACAUUGUUUCUCAUCCUGAUUUUACUGGAGUUACUUAACUAUAGCUCGACUUAAAUCUAGUCAAAUGUUGUGUGAGACAAAUGGGAGAAAAGCAUAAUCCAGGCAGCAUUGUGUGCUCUUACAACUUGAAACUAGCUACAUGCUGCUGUUACAUCACAUCAGAUCUGUUUGUAAGAAAACAUAUCAUCAUUUCCCACCAGUUACUGAAGCAGGAAGUCAUUGAGGUUGAUAACACAAUUAAUAUUCAUAAUUUUAGAAAUGACGUGCAUAUUUUUGCAUUUCUUAUUCGAUAACUAGUGGUCAUUUAUCGUCAACAUUGUUUUUUGGGUAAAAAUGUGCCUGAUAGGCCUCAGACUGUUAGCUUGUAGCCAUAAUAAGAUGAUCCCGAUGCAACGUACCCAGUGCUUUUCACUUGUUGAUGUAGUGGAAGGUCUUCUACAUAAUUGAAAUCCUGAUAAUGAAAUUGUGAUGACUGGGAAAUAUCCCCUGUUCCACCUGCAGCCACCAGGGGGCGAUGCAGAGCUACGAUAACAAACAACAUUCAAUUAAUAAUCCUGGGUCUACUUUUCCAUGUGGUGUAACGUGAGGAGUAUUAAUGCUUUAUUAGCUUGUAGGGAAAGUAAAGAUCCUCAGGGUUGUCCGUGUUUUAGUAUUCGUUCAUUAAACGUAUAGAGAGAAGCAUCAACACAUGCCAUGACUUUAACACUAUUGUUCGUGCAUCGUCUGUAGGUAACUGUUUUACACCCUUCCUCUCUUUAUGUCACAACAGACGUCAUGUAUAUAUAUUAGGAACUGCUGUCAACUUUGUUUCUUUAUGAUAUGUAUUAGAGAUUUUGUUAAAUAUUUUCUUCUGCAGAGGAGGACGAAUAAAUCUGAACUCUUAUAUGAAUCUGCGUGGCACUCAUUGUGAAAUCAACUCACAAUGCAUGUCAAAUCUUAUGAUAUAAAGCUCUCUGAUUUGAUUUUAAACACUAGAUCUACAAAGGAAAGGCUGUCAAA